AUGAGCACAGCCAACUAUCUUGAUCAGCUCGCGGCUGAACUAAUACCAUUUAUUCUAAAGAAUUUAUCGAUACAGGAUCUUAAAAAUUGUUGCAGUAUCGAUAAUAUAUGGAAAGAUGAGGUAAUUCGAGAAAUUCGCAAAAGAUUAAUAGUAGAUUGUACAUUUGUUGAUAAAAAUGUAACUGUUAAGGCAAUAAUUGACCCCCGAAAGAAGUCGGAACUAGAUCCCUCAUUGGGAAAAUCAUAUGAGAUUUUCGAAGAAUUUCAAAUGAUUUUUGAAGGAUCUUACAAGUGUGAAUAUGAUUUGGUUUUAGGAAUUGGAUGGUUAAUGAGACUGGCAGACGGGAGGAUUGAUGGAAGCCAUAUCAGAUGGUGGAAGAAUGGAAGCAAUAGAUGGUGGAAGAAUAAUGAAGAAAAAAGAUGA